GAGCGCCGGGAGCGCACCAAGAUGGCGACACCCGCAGUCCCUCCCGCAGCUCCCCCCGCGCCGCAGUCCGGCAGCGCCGCGCCGGGGCCGCGCUGAGCCCGCCCGACACGAGCUGACCUGCCCGGGGUGCAACAUCGCUAAAGAAGCUGCUGCAGGAUGAAAAGAUGGCAGCGCGGCUGCUCGCACCACCAGGCCCCGAGAGUUUUAAGCCCUUCACUCCGGAGUCUCUGGCCAACAUCGAGAAACACAUCGCGGAGCUGAAGAAGAAGCAGCGCUCGAAGCAGGACAGCAGCCACCGGGAUGACGAUGAAGACAGCAAACCAAAACCAAACAGUGACCUUGAGGCGGGGAAGAAUUUGCCUUUCAUCUACGGGGACAUCCCUAAAGGGCUGGUUGCUGUGCCACUGGAGGACUUUGACCCUUAUUAUAUGACCCAGAAAACCUUUGUAGUACUAAACAGAGGGAAAACACUCUUCCGAUUUAGUGCCACACCUGCCUUGUACAUUUUAAGUCCUUUUAAUCUGUUUAGAAGAAUAGCUAUUAAAAUUUUGAUACAUUCAGUAUUUAGCAUGAUCAUUAUGUGCACUAUUUUGACCAACUGUGUAUUCAUGACUUUUAGUAACCCGCCCGAAUGGUCAAAGAAUGUGGAGUACACAUUCACCGGGAUUUAUACGUUUGAAUCACUCGUGAAAAUCAUUGCAAGAGGUUUCUGUAUAGAUGGGUUCACCUUCCUGCGGGAUCCCUGGAACUGGCUGGAUUUCAGCGUGAUCAUGAUGGCAUAUGUCACAGAGUUUGUGGACCUUGGGAAUGUCUCAGCAUUGAGAACUUUCAGAGUUCUCCGAGCUUUGAAAACUAUCUCUGUAAUUCCAGGCUUGAAGACCAUCGUGGGUGCCCUCAUCCAGUCUGUGAAGAAGCUGUCGGAUGUGAUGAUCCUGACAGUUUUCUGUCUCAGUGUCUUUGCCCUCAUUGGGCUCCAGCUGUUCAUGGGCAAUUUAAGGAACAAGUGUGUGAUUUGGCCAAUUAAUGUGAACGAGACCUUCCUGGACAAUGGCUCCAGGGGCUUCGACUGGGAGGAAUACACCAACAAUAUGUCAAACUUUUACAUCAUUCCUGGCUCCACAGACCCUUUGCUCUGUGGUAACAGCUCGGAUGCAGGCCAAUGUCCAGAGGGAUACACGUGCAUGAAGGCAGGACGGAACCCCAACUACGGGUACACGAGCUUUGACACCUUCAGCUGGGCUUUUCUGGCUUUAUUUCGCCUUAUGACUCAGGACUUCUGGGAAAACUUGUAUCAAUUAACUUUACGAGCGGCAGGAAAAACCUACAUGAUCUUCUUUGUGCUGGUGAUCUUUGUGGGAUCGUUCUACCUGGUGAACCUGAUUUUGGCUGUGGUGGCCAUGGCCUACGAGGAGCAGAACCAGGCGACACUGGAGGAGGCAGAGCAGAAGGAGGCAGAAUUCAAGGCCAUGCUGGAACAAUUGAAAAAGCAACAGGAAGAAGCACAGGCUGCUGCCAUGGUCACCUCGGCCGGGACGGUCUCUGAAGAUGCUGUGGAAGAUGAUGGUGGGGGGAGGAUGUCUCGGAGCUCCUCGGAGAUUUCCAAACUCAGUUCCAAGAGUGCCAAGGAGCGUCGAAACAGGAGGAAAAAGCGGAAGGACAAGGAGCUGUCGGAAGGAGAUGAGAAGUGUGACAAUGAGAAGGUGUUCAAGUCGGAAUCUGAGGAUGGCAUGAGGAGGAAAGUGUUCAGGCUACCGGAUAACAGGCUGGGAAGGAAAUUUUCCAUCAUGAACCAGUCUCUCCUCAGCAUCCCAGGCUCCCCUUUCCUCUCCCGCCACAACAGCAAGAGCAGCAUCUUCAGCUACAAGGGGCGGUUCCGCGACCCGGGCUCGGAGAACGAGUUCGCCGACGACGAGCACAGCACGGUGGAGGAGAGCGAGGGCAGGAGGGACUCGCUCUUCAUCCCCAUCCGCGGUCGCGACCGGCGGAGCAGCUACAGCGGCUACAGCGGCUACAGCCAGGGCAGCCGCUCCUCGCGCAUCUUCCCCAACCUGCGGCGCAGCGUGAAGAGGAACAGCACCGUGGAUUGCAACGGCGUCGUGUCCCUCAUCGGCGGGCCCCCCUCCAGCAUGCCCGGGGGCCGCAUCCUGCCCGAGGGUACUACUGAGAUCGAAAUCAGGAAGAAACCUGGUGGGUCUCUCUUGGUCUCGAUGGAUCAGGUGAACGCGUCCUACGGAAGGAAGGAUCGGACCAACAGCGUCAUGACCGGGCUGACCAACACCCUUGUUGAGGAGCUGGAAGAGUCCCAGAGGAAGUGUCCCCCUUGCUGGUACAAAUUUGCCAAUAUGUUCCUGAUCUGGGAAUGCCAUCCAUACUGGAUGAAGCUGAAGGAGAUCGUGAACUUAAUUGUCAUGGAUCCUUUUGUCGACUUGGCCAUCACCAUCUGCAUCGUGCUGAACACGCUGUUCAUGGCCAUGGAGCACCACCCCAUGACCCCCGAGUUCGAACACGUGCUCUCCGUAGGAAAUCUGGUUUUCACUGGGAUUUUCACAGCAGAAAUGUUCCUGAAGCUCAUUGCAAUGGAUCCAUACUAUUAUUUUCAAGAAGGCUGGAACAUCUUUGAUGGGUUUAUUGUCUCCCUCAGUUUAAUGGAGCUGAGUCUCGCAGAUGUGGAAGGACUUUCCGUGCUGCGAUCUUUCCGAUUGCUGAGAGUCUUCAAACUGGCCAAGUCCUGGCCCACUCUGAACAUGCUGAUAAAAAUCAUUGGUAACUCAGUGGGUGCCUUGGGGAAUCUGACCUUGGUGCUGGCCAUCAUCGUGUUCAUCUUCGCCGUGGUGGGAAUGCAGCUCUUUGGCAAAAACUACAAGGAGUGUGUCUGCAAGAUCAAUGCGGAGUGUGAGCUACCCCGCUGGCACAUGCACGAUUUCUUCCACUCCUUCCUUAUUGUCUUCCGUGUGUUGUGUGGGGAGUGGAUUGAGACCAUGUGGGAUUGUAUGGAAGUGGCAGGACAGGCCAUGUGCUUGAUUGUCUUCAUGAUGGUCAUGGUCAUCGGAAAUUUAGUGGUGCUGAACCUGUUCUUGGCCUUGUUGCUGAGCUCCUUCAGCGCAGACAACUUGGCAGCCACGGACGAUGACGGGGAGAUGAACAACCUGCAGAUCUCGGUCAUCCGCAUCAAGAAGGGCAUUGCCUGGACCAAGGCCAAGGUGCGCGAGUUCAUGCAGGCUCACUUCAAGCAGAGAGAGGCCGACGAGGUGAAACCCUUGGAUGAGUUGUAUGACAAGAAGGUGAACUGCAUCGCCAACCACACCGGGGCCGAUAUCAACAGGGACAUCGAUUACCAGAAGAACGGCAACGGCACCACGAGCGGCAUCGGCAGCAGCGUCGAGAAAUACAUCAUCGAUGAGGAUCACAUGUCCUUCAUCAACAACCCCAACCUCACCGUCCGCGUCCCCAUUGCUGUGGGGGAAUCGGAUUUUGAAAACCUCAACACAGAAGAUUUCAGCAGUGAUACAGAUCCUGACGGCAGCAAGGAGAAACUCGACGAGACCAGCUCCUCUGAGGGCAGCACCAUUGAUAUAAAGCCUGAGGUGGAAGAAGUCCCCGUGGAGGCACCAGAGGAGUACCUGGACCCAGAUGCCUGUUUUACAGAAGGUUGUAUGCAGCGCUGCAAAUGUUGUCAGGUCAAUAUUGAGGAGGGGCUGGGAAAGUCGUGGUGGACCUUGAGGAAAACUUGUUUCCUAAUUGUGGAGCACAAUUGGUUUGAGACUUUCAUCAUCUUCAUGAUCCUCCUGAGCAGUGGUGCUCUGGCUUUUGAGGAUAUUUACAUAGAGCAGAGGAAAACCAUCCGGACCAUCCUGGAGUACGCGGACAAGGUCUUCACGUACAUUUUCAUCCUGGAGAUGCUGCUGAAGUGGUGUGCCUAUGGAUUCGUCAAGUUCUUCACCAACGCCUGGUGCUGGCUGGAUUUCCUCAUCGUGGCUGUCUCUUUAGUCAGCCUUAUAGCUAAUGCCCUGGGCUACUCGGAACUAGGUGCCAUAAAAUCCCUUAGGACACUAAGAGCCUUGAGGCCUUUAAGAGCGUUGUCCCGAUUUGAGGGGAUGAGGGUGGUUGUCAAUGCCUUGGUUGGCGCUAUCCCUUCCAUUAUGAAUGUCUUGUUGGUCUGCCUUAUCUUCUGGCUGAUUUUCAGCAUUAUGGGGGUUAACCUGUUUGCCGGGAAAUAUCAUUACUGCUUUAAUGAAACAUCUGAGCAUCGCUUUGAGAUAGAUGUUGUUAACAACAAGACAGACUGCGAAGCUCUGAUGCCACCCAACUCCACAGAGAUCCGAUGGAAGAAUGUGAAAAUUAACUUUGACAACGUUGGGGCAGGAUAUCUGGCUCUUCUGCAAGUUGCUACGUUCAAGGGCUGGAUGGACAUCAUGUACGCAGCUGUAGAUUCCAGAAAGCAAGAAGAGCAACCCAAGUACGAGGACAACAUUUACAUGUACAUCUAUUUUGUUAUCUUCAUCAUCUUCGGUUCCUUUUUCACCCUGAACUUGUUCAUUGGUGUCAUCAUCGACAACUUCAAUCAACAGAAGAAAAAGUUUGGAGGUCAAGAUAUUUUCAUGACGGAAGAACAAAAGAAGUACUACAAUGCCAUGAAAAAACUGGGCUCGAAGAAGCCUCAGAAGCCCAUUCCCCGACCUCUGAACCGCAUCCAAGGAGCCGUCUUUGACUUUGUCACUCAGCAAGCCUUCGACAUCGUCAUCAUGAUGCUCAUUUGCCUCAACAUGGUGACCAUGAUGGUGGAGACAGAUACUCAGAGCAAGCAGAUGGAGGACAUCCUUUACUGGAUCAACUUUGUGUUCGUCAUCUUUUUCACCUGCGAGUGCGUGCUGAAGAUGUUCGCCUUGCGGCACUACUACUUCACCAUCGGCUGGAACAUUUUUGACUUCGUGGUUGUGAUUCUGUCCAUCGUGGGAAUGUUCCUGGCUGAAAUCAUUGAGAAGUACUUUGUGUCACCCACUCUCUUCCGAGUGAUCCGCCUGGCUCGCAUUGGCCGCAUCCUGCGAUUAAUCAAAGGAGCCAAAGGAAUCCGCACGCUGCUUUUUGCCUUAAUGAUGUCCCUGCCUGCCUUGUUCAACAUCGGCCUCUUGCUCUUCUUGGUCAUGUUCAUCUUCUCCAUCUUCGGCAUGUCGAACUUCGCCUACGUCAAGCAUGAGGCUGGCAUCGAUGAUAUGUUCAAUUUUGAGACCUUUGGCAACAGCAUGAUCUGCUUGUUCCAGAUCACCACCUCGGCUGGCUGGGACGGGCUCCUGCUGCCCAUCCUGAACCGGCCGCCGGACUGCGACCUGGACAAGGAGCACCCGGGCAGCGGCUUUAAGGGGGAUUGCGGGAACCCUUCGGUGGGGAUAUUUUUCUUUGUGAGUUACAUCAUCAUCUCCUUCCUGAUUGUGGUCAACAUGUACAUUGCCAUCAUCCUGGAGAACUUCAGCGUGGCGACGGAGGAGAGCGCAGAUCCGCUCAGCGAGGACGACUUUGAGACGUUCUAUGAGAUCUGGGAGAAGUUCGACCCCGACGCCACGCAGUUCAUCGAGUACAGCAAGCUCGCGGACUUUGCUGACGCUUUGGAGCAUCCCCUCCGCGUCCCAAAACCCAACACCAUUGAACUCAUCGCCAUGGACCUGCCUAUGGUAAGUGGGGACAGGAUCCACUGUUUGGACAUCCUGUUUGCCUUCACCAAACGUGUCCUGGGGGACAGCGGGGAGCUGGAUAUCCUGAGACAGCAGAUGGAGGAGAGAUUUGUGGCUUCCAACCCUUCCAAAGUGUCUUAUGAGCCCAUCACCACGACGCUGCGGCGCAAGCAGGAGGAGGUGUCGGCGGUGGUGAUCCAGAGGGCUUACAGGGCUCGUUUGGCACGACGGGGCUUCAUCAGCCGAAGGCCUGCCACCACCAAACUGGAGAACGGGGGAGCUAACAGGGAGAAAAAGGAAGGCACCCCAUCCACGGCGUCCCUGCCGUCCUACGACAGCGUCACCAAACCUGAGAAGGAGAAACAGCAGCGGGCGGAGGAGGGGAGGCGAGAAAAGGCAAAGAGACAAAAAGACACCAGGGAAUCCAAGUGUUGAGACAAAAAAAAAAAAAAAAAAAAAAAAAAAACAAACAAAAAAAUUAAAAAAAAAAAAUAGUAGAAUUGUACGAAUUCAAAUAUUUGCAAGUGAAAAAAAAAAAAAAAAAAAAAGAUUGUUUACAAACUUCCUGAAAUAUAUCAAUACAGAACAGCUGUGGAGACACUUACCUGAAGAUCUUAUACCAAACAUAGUCUGCUUACUGUGUGACAGCGUUGCAUCUAAAGCAGUGACCUACCACCUGUUUAAAGGACCCUGUAAACAAACAUUUAAACACAAAAAAAAAAGGAAAAAAAAAGGAUUUUCUAUUGUUUGGGCAGGUGGAUACUGCAUGUUCCACAUCAGUCAAUGCAACUUAGGACAAACAAGCAAAAUAAAUCACACCCACACCCACACCCAGAGAAACAAAACCCGCUGCUGGGAUUCAUGUAUUUUCCAAAGCAGCCCCAAAUGGAUUUUAUUUUCCCAUUUUGUUGAUUAUUCUCGGAAGAAAACCCAGAAGUCACAAUGUUAAUGGGUUUGUUCAUGCAAAACUAGAUUUGCAUUUAGUUAAAGCAGCAAAAAAAAAGAAAAAAAAAGGAAAAAAAAGAGAAAAAAAUUGAAAAAGAGUUAAAACAAGUAGAACAAAAAAAGGAAAAAUGAAACAAAGCACCCAUUAAGCCCACUGAGUUAUCAUAGUUUAUUAUUUGAGAUUUAUUAUUUGCAUUCUACUUUCUACAUGGGCUUUACUUGGUUUGGGAGAUGGGGUAAUCGGGUACCUUCAGCCUGGAGCCAGCUCGGGCUGAUCCCCCCCCAAAAACAAAGUGCUCGUUAACGCGUCGAAGCGAUUUGCAUGACGGCAUGACCAGGGACCAUGCAUGAGGAACCAUAACCACGAGACACGCAGUCACCUGUCCACAGAGGUGUGUUAAGCCAUAAAUUCGAGGCACUCCACUGAGUAUCUACCGCACACUGUAUUUGGAGAGAAACCUUAGUGAUGCUCCUGCCCGGCACCAGUCCGUCCCAGUUCACAGAGAAUCUUCCAUAAACCUGCCAGUAGAAGAAAAAAAUAAACACCUAACAAAAAAAAAACCCAACAAAAAACCCCAGACAAAAAAACCCCCGAGGUAACUCUAAAACCACAAAAACCCCCAACAAAACCCAACGAGCAGAUGAAUGAAUUGUGUGUGUCUGUUUAACAACUUUUCGACUUUCUUUUCCAUACAGCCAUGGUUUUUGCACACUGAAAUAGAACAAAAAUUCAAAAUGCUGCUCUGGACCUCACCAAAGGGGAGAGGAUAAAUCUGGGAAUGGCUUGUUAUCCAUGUCACUGUAAAUCCAAAACCUAGGGCUUCAACCAGCCAGCAAGGUCAGUCGUAUCCUGCAAUAUUUAGCAUUAAUACUAUGAAUUACUGUUCAGCCUCCAUCCUGCAGUGUAGACACUUCUUUUGGUAGAGAUAAAUGUUAACAAAAAAGAAGCAGCAGCAUGUUAUCUCUGCUAGUAGGAAUUCGGGGAGCUCACCCACAGCGAUCCUGCCCCCAGGGUCGGGGAUGGGCUUGGGACUCGCCCUCGCUUCUCCCGCGGCCACCGGGACUCCUGCUCGGGUGUGGGGUGUGUGGACCCCGGGGUCCUGCUGCUCUUGGUGGCCUGGGGUGUAGCCAGGAGGGGUUUUGGGGGCUGCAGCCCAGCAGGGGCCCGGUGCCUUCAGCUCGGUCCCGUUCCCCGCAGCUGCAGCGGGGCUGGGGGCGAUGGGCGCUGCCCCUGGGCUGCCCUCGCUGCAGCAGGAGGGCAGCGCCAGCCACGCCCGGCUGUUCCUGCUUCCUCACGCCCAGCUCCGUCUUGGGGUGUCCUCACGGCUCAGCCGGUUCUCAGGCCAGCCCCACGGAGCUUGGGGGUGUCUCUUCAGGGCCAGGGGCAGCGCAGGGGGGACGUUUGGACCCAUCCCAACUAAGGGUACCCAGACCAGUGGAAAAAAAAAAAAAACCCCACAACCAACCCCCCAAGAUGCCAGAGCUCGACGGGAGCAUGAAUCUCAGUUUGCAGAAUCCCAUAACCCAGAAAAUAAUGACAGGAAUCACCUAAAAGAAACCAAACCCAAGCAGGAAGCCAUCCAGCAGCCAUCUGUGCCACCUCGGCAUCCUCGGGGCGGCCCCGCCACCGCCACGGCACGGGAGCAGGUCUGCUCCACAGCAGGGACCUCGUCUGUCCUGCCUUGCCCUCGUUGCUCCUAGGAUGGGAUGUAUAAUAACAAUAAUAAUAAUAAUAAUUAAUAACAAUAAUAAUGAAGAAACAAAAAAAUCUACAUACAUAUGUACAGGCUACAUUGUAAACAGCACAAAAACAAAAACAACAAAAAAAAAAAAAACCAAACAAAAAAAAAAAGGAGAAAAUAGCUGAAAAGUGUGGUUGAACUUUUUAAGAGAAUAUUAUAAAUACUGUAAUAUAUCAUUUUAUUUUAUUGGCAUGCCUUUUUGUAAAUACAAAGAACUACAAAAAUUAUAGAAUGGCUUCUGGCUUAUGCCAUUGUCCAUGGUUAUUUUUAUUUUUUUAAGAUUUUUCUGUUGUCCUUAGACUUUAGAUAGCCAGGAAAUGUCCCCCAAAGGAAAAAAAAAAAUAACAACAACAAAAAAAUCCAAACAAACCCCUAGUCCCCCCCAAAAUAGAUUUUAACAAAAGCUUUCUUGCAAGUGAUAUUUGCAGCAGCAAAAGUGUCUAUUUUUGGGUUCCAAUGUGCAAUAAGUCGACCACUUCUAUGCAAGAUUUGGCUGAACUUCAUAAUUGUUCUUAGGCUGGGCUGAGUCUUGUGGGUGACGCUCGGUGCGUUAGCGUUUGUGCUGGCAACUCAUGAAGCUGCUCAAUUACUUUAAAAUAAAAAGUCCCUUCAAACUCUGUA